AGUGUAGAAACAAAUAGUAUAAUGCCUGUUUAUGGAACUGUUAUCACCUGUGAGCCUCGGAAUUAAUUAUGAUUCCAAUCUAGCAGAUGUUUUUGCACUACGACCAUUUAACACCUGAAGGAUAUUUUUGUUUUGAAAGAAUAAUACCGGGUUAUUUAAAGACCCAACUGUGCGGUUAUAUUACGUGUAUUAUAUAUGGUAUGUGGCUUGUGCUUGUCGAGUUUGACAGAAUAAUUAACUGAACUACAGUAUAUUUUUUCCGGUGGGAACAGCAAAUGCCCCAGAUUAUCUGAUAAACCUAACUGAAAGAGAACAGAAUUGAUAAAAUGAUACACAGGAUCUUGCAAGGAUCUAUCUUAUCAAAUCUUUAAUAUUAUGAUCAGGAACAGCCAGCUGCAAGGACAUUCAGCUAAAACUGAAAUUUGUUGAAGGUUCUCGAAUCUCUCUGGGUAAUUGCAAGAUGGGAAACUAUAAAUCAAGGCCACAGUCCACAUGCUCACAGGAACUUCUAAAUAAAAUUUUGGAAAAUUAUGCAUUGCUGGAGGAGAAGUUACAACAGGAUUUAUACAUUGCUGACACAGAAGGGCUUACAGAUGUUCAGAAUGUGUGUUGUAAUGGCACUGCAGACCAACUUGCAAGCCUCCUCAGUCCAGAAGCUCUUGGUGAACGACUGGACAACGGCAUGACACUCCUGCAUUUAUGCUGCCUUUCCAAAGACAUGCCAAACAAUGAAGAAUACUUGGAGAAAAAGGAGGAAAAAAAAGUGGAAGCUGAAGAGAAUAUGAAGGAGUCUCCAUGCUAUCUGCAGCUCAUGAAAUCUUCACGUAACAAGAAGGACCGGGAAGGAAACAAGGAAAAUGAGAAUGAAAAUGAAAUGCAGAUACAGGAGACAAAAGCUUAUAGGCAUAAAGAUAUUAAAGAACUGGUUAGAAUCCUCCUGCAGAAGGGAGCAGAUCCAACCAUAAUAUGUAAAAAUGGAUUUUCACCUCUUCAUAUUGCUUCAUAUAAGGGGGAUGUGGAUCUGGUUCGUCUCCUCCUGGAAAAGUGUAGCCACCUUGACCACACAGGAGCAGGGAGUGUCACUGCACUGCAUAUAUCUUGCAUGGCUGGCCACCUGGAGGUCACAAGAGCACUGGCUCAGCGUGGCGCAAACAUAGAAGCCAGAGAUGCUGUGUCUUUUUCUCCCCUUCACAUUGCUUGCCUUUUUGGAAAUGAAUCGGUUGUAGAAUAUUUACUUUCACGUGGAGUUGACGUCAAUAUAGCAGGCUCAGUGGGUGACCGGCCACUCCAUUUAUCCAGCACCUUUGGCUAUUAUAAGGUGGUACAGAUGCUUCUAAAGAAAGGAGCAAGAGUUCGAAUUCAAGAUGAGGAAGGUAACACAGCUUUGCAUUGCUGUGUUCGGAAUGGUCAUUCUAAUAUUUUAAAUUUACUGCUGCAACCACAGUUUCGAUCUGAUGCCCACAUUACAAAUGUCUAUCUUGACACUCCUCUUCAUGUAGCUUGUUAUCAUGGGUGGUUUGAAUGUGCAAAGGCCCUGCUGACAUAUGGAGGUUCAAGCCUGUUGCUGAAAGAAAACUUAUGGGGUGAAAUAGCAGUGCAAGCAGCUUGCACAGGGGGUCAAAGCAUAGAUCUUGUGGAUUUCUUAUUAAGUCAGGAUCCUGCUUUGAUUAAUUAUCAGAGUCCAGAUGGCCACACACCUUUACACUCUGCAUGUUAUCACGGGCAUGCAAAGAUCGUUCAGCUGCUACUUAGUCAUGGGGCAGACACCAACCUUACAGCUCAUGAUCGGAUCUUGAACAGUGAGAAAAAGAUCAUACAGGAAGAGCAGACACCACUCAUGUGGGCAUAUGAGAAAGGGUAUGAUGACAUUGCCAGCAUCCUCAAGUAUUUCAGACGACCAGGUUUAUAUGAAGAUUAUGCAAGAGGAGACUAUUUGUCAGGUCUUGAAACUACGUACUUUCCCAUUCCUUCACCAAUUGGCAAACUGCGAACAAUGAUUCAAGAAAAGAUAGAUGUACUACAUCUUCGAUCAGUAUUGCCACCAGAAUUACAUCUCAGUCUGUCAGAUAUAGAAAAUAUGGAAAAUAUUGGAUCUGGUUCAUUUGGAAAAAUUUACAAGGGGAAAUAUGAAGACAAAAUUGUUGCUGUGAAGAGAUAUAGAGCCAACAUGUCCUAUGGUAAAAGUGACGUGGAAAUGUUCUGCCGUGAAGUGUCUGUUCUUGGGUCUCUUGAUUCCCCUUACAUUGUUAAAUUUGUUGGUGCUUGUUUACAGGACCCAAGUCAAUUUGCGAUUGUCACGGAAUAUGUUGCGGGAGGUUCCCUGUUCAGCACUCUACAUGAACAGAAGAGGUCAAUUGACACAGUGACUAGACUACAGAUAGCCCUUGAUGUAGCAAAUGGCAUGCUGUAUCUACAUACACUGCCACAACCUAUCAUUCAUAGGGACUUGAAUUCCCAUAACAUUCUUCUAAGCAAUGAUUGUCGAGCUAGAGUUGCAGAUUUUGGAGAAUCAAGAUUUGUACGAAAUAUACUUGAAGAAAAUAUGACUAAACAACCAGGUAAUCUUCGAUGGAUGGCACCUGAAGUAUUUACACAGUGCACCAGAUACUCAAUUAAAGCUGAUGUAUUUUCAUUUGGACUUUGUCUGUGGGAACUUCUAGCCUCUGAACUUCCUUUUGCACACCUCAAGCCUGCUGCUGCAGCUGCUGACAUGGCAUACAAACACAGUCGGCCUCCCCUUGAUAUGGCCUUUCCCAAAGAAGUAGCAACAUUACUGGAGAACUCUUGGCAUAAGGUUCCUGAAGAAAGACCUGAUUUUUCACAGAUUGUAGAAGACCUAGAGACUUUAAUCGAGUCUCAGAAGGUUGCCCAAAAGGAUGGAGGCAGCCCGGUGCACCCUCAUCACCACCAUACGUGCUGUGCUACAUGCUCUUUUGUGUCACCAACAGGAAGCACAACUCCACCUGACUCUUCUCAGAACACAGACUCAGAGCUGUCUGGCCAUGUGACAGCUUUGCGAACAAGGUGGGAGCAAGAGGCCAGUCGAGGACAGACAGCUUUCAAAUCAUCCCAUCCAACCAUUGAAGAACUGAGAAGCAGAAUGAAUAAUAAUGGAUAUGUAGAGGGAAAUACUUAUCAGUAUCGCAUUGCUCCAGUCUUCAGUAAACAUAGGAAGUCAAUGUUGCAGAAUUACUGACAGUGGUGGUAGGGGGAAGGGGGGAAGUGUGAAUUACUUGUUUCUUAUUUUACUUUGUCCUUAUUCAAAUCCUGUAUUUUUUAUUGUUGGAACUUUGCCAGAAUUUAUUAAAUGAUAGUCUUCAGUCUGGACAUACAGGAGGCCCUGGCACAUGUCAUCACUUGACAUCUAACCCAAUAAUCCUUUUAACAUCUUGUAAUAACAUUUACUGUAUGAUAAAGAAACCUUUAAAGUAUAUAAUUCUGUAGCUAAUUUAGUAUACAUAUGUUCUUUUAUACAAUUGUGAAUGUGCCCAUUUAAAAUAUAUAGAUGAUAUGGAGAGAUGAGAGCAAGAGAGAUAGAUGAAAAAUGUUUAUACCACAUUUUACUUAUCCCUCAUUUUUAUAGUAAGGCUUUUAAGAUGAAAGAUUAACAUGAUUACCAUGGUCAUUACAUGCAUAAGUAAAAGCAAUGGUGAAGCCAAAGCUAAUUUUCAGAAUGAGAGUACAUGUAACCAUGAGACCUUCUUUCACUCCUCACCAUUUGAUUAUGAUCAUCAAUCAACUGGUGGGAGACUUAGUCGUCCUGCUACUAACCUUGUUUCCACAAAAGUAGAUCACAUAUGAUGGUUUGAUUGUGAAUGAACAUGUGAAAAAUAAUUAUGAGUGGAUAGUAAGUAAAUUGGAAAAAUACAAAUACUAUUGCUCAAAUUAUUGAUUGAUUAUUGAUUGUCUAAUGUGAUGCAGCCCUGCCAGCUAACUAUGAUUCAAAAUGAAUAGCAAAUUUGACCAUGAUUUUAACUUUCUAAUCACUUAUGCCUGUAUUGAUGUAAAGAAGGAAAUUUAGGAAAUAUAAUUAAACUAAUGAAAACUAUGAACUCUUGCAGAAGAAAAUCUAUUGCUUAAACUAGGUCAAAUGUGAUAAAAUCCUAGAAAUGGCAGGGCCUCCUAUGUAUCUAGAUUGACCAAACUUCAGUGGUUAUAAUGCUAAUAUUAUAACAAAAAGUCAUGGAGCUUGCAGGUUUCUAAACCUGUGAGGGGCAGUUUCCUUCAUGUUCCUCAUUAUGUUACACAUUUAUAUUGAAGUCAUCAAUCCUAAAAUUUAUUAUAGUUUCUCAGCUUCUCAAGUCAACAAAGAAUUCAUCAAUGUACUGACUUAAGGUUUGUUAAGGUUUAAAGAAAUUCACUGUUUGAUAAAAUAUUGAGCUUCAAUUAAUCCAUCAUGCCUUUACCUGAUGUUUUUGCUUUAGUCAUUCACUAUUAUCUGUUUCUGGUUGGGAUGGGCUGUUGGACAUUUUGCAUUUUCUUAUUGCAUUUUUAUCUGUUGUUUUAUUUCUGACAUUACCUAUUUAACACUGUUUUAUACAUAUAUUAGUUAAUGUGGAAAAAAAUAUUUGUCAAUAAACAUUGUCCAUAUUUUGUUGUACCUGGAGGAAAAGUGGAUGUUAAAUAUAAAGAAGGCUAUGAAUAUAAAAUGAAUGAAGAAAUUAAACAUCAAUUUAAGAUUGGUAUGUACAAAAUCAAGAGCCAUUAUGAGUUCAGAUGCAGGAAAUAGAAUGGAAUGGAGUAACACCACAUCCUUGGUCUCAUUACUUAGUUGGCAUUUGUCACAGUCUAAGUUCAUUUCAUACCAUUUUGCUAAGUAUAGUAUAUGAAGAUCCCUUUAGUUUGUAAACAGCUUACUGACAUGCCUCACUGUGCUCAGGCAGCAAAAGUGGUACACCUUCCUCUAGCAAGUCUAGGGUAGACAAGGUAGGCUGCUCCCUAUGUUUGUCUUGUGUCAUUGGCACGCCUUCCUCUAGCAAGUCUAGGGAAGACUGAGCCAGGCUGCUCAGAUUGUUUUUGUUUUGCUCUGUUAGCAUAUUAAUUUGGAUUCAGUACUGCAUGUAUUAUUUUUUAUUUUCUCUCCUUUCUUCUGCAAUCUUGUGUCACGGGACAAAAGCUGUGCUUUUUUCAUGAAUUAGUGGCACUGUAAAUUCAUUGUUUUAUGUUUUAUAAUUGAUUUUUUAAAAAAGUUUUUAAAGUAUUAUUUUAAUAGUUACAUAUUUUCUAUAUGUACAAAUACUUAUCAAAACGUCUACAGCAGCUUUAUGAA